GCUCUCACUUGCGGAGCGUCGCGGCGACGGAGGAACGCGCCGGCUUCUCUCUCGUGUCCGUCCGACUGCACUUUACUUCCUUUUUUAAAAAAAAGCAAAGCGACACUUCGAAAGGGAGAGCACCGGGCUGGAGUGGACCGUCUCUCGCCACACUCCCUUUCUUUUCACAGUGCGUGGCUCUGACAGGCGCGCGCCUCGCCGACCCUCGGCCGUUCUGCGCGCACUCCUGCGCCUUCCUACCAGGCGCCUUCUUUGCACGCCCCCCCCCCCCAAAAAAAAAAACCACCCCAGAAAAGAGAACUGUCCACGAGAAAACAAACAGAAAAGCACCUUUCCUCUGCUCGGUGGGAAUAAAACGGGUGCACUCGACGCGCGCGAAGUGGAAGGGCGACGCUGCGUCACCGCGGUGCCGCGACCGCGCGCUCCUCUCCACCGAUCCACUCGAGGACCGAAGUCGGCGCUGAACACGUCCAAGAAGUUUCCGCGCGGAAAAGUGGAAGAGACGCGGCGGCUGCGUGGCGGAGAGGAGGACGCGCCGCCGCAGGACGAGCAGCGCUGCCAACCACUGUCCAGUCCUGAACAACACUGAUGCAUCACUGUAAGACUCCCCUCUGCAUCACACCUGCCAGCACAGCUUUGAAAGUAAAGAAGGGAGCGACACGACUCACCAGCAGACCGGUGCAACUCAACUGAGAGACCACUCAACAAUUGGUGGAGUCGCACUCCGUCCGUCCCCCCUCUCUCCGCCUCCGUCCUCCGUCCGCCCUCCUCUCCGUCUAUGCAGCUGUGCAGCAGCAUGCCUACAUGUUUGCCACCGGCACAAGCAGAAGCAUUAUGGAAGUGAAGGAGCGCCGUCCGUACUGCUCACUCACCAAGGGCCGCAAGGACAAGGAGGGGCCGUACACCGGGUCCUCAGGGGACAGUGAGGACUGUGCCCUCGGCUCUCAGGGACUGCGGGUCCCCACUCAGAAGUCCUACUCCUCCAGUGAGACGCUCAAGGCCUUCGACCAGCACCAAGACCAGACCAGGUUACUGUACGGGACCGCAAAGGGACACAAGAACAUGGUUCACCGUGAACAGGACGAUUAUCACAGACAAGGUCAGCACUUUAGUCUCCGUCAGCUGGGGAUCUGCGAGCCACCGUCGCGCCGUGGCCUGGCCUUCUGCUCGGAGAUGGGCCUCCCCCACCGCGGCUUCUCCGUGGGCACGGCCCCGGACCUGGAUAUGGACAGCCAGGCGGUGAUGUCACCGGAGCGCGCCAUGCGACUCUGGGGCCACGGCGCUCUGGGCAAAUCGUCCGGGAGGAGCUCCUGCCUGUCCAGCCGGUCCAACUCGGUGCUGACUCUCACCGACACGGAGCACGAGAACAAGUCGGACAGCGACAACGGUUCUCCCAUGCCCUCCCCCUCUUGUCCACCAUCUGUCUGUGACCAAUCACAUCCACACAGUCCACAUGACAACCUGUUGUUAGCCGACGCAGCAGAGGCAGACUCAGAGGAGGAGGAGGAGGAGGAGGAGGAGGAACAGGAGGAAGAGGAGCACGCGGCCCGAUUGUGCUCACCUGUUUCACAUGAGCAACAAUCCAAUCACCACGGCUCCGCCCUGCCUCCUGUACCCCCCCCUCACCGCCAGCAGCCCUCGGUCACAGCGCUCAACCAAUCCCUGGGCUCGACACACCACGCCGGACAGUCCCUGAAUUCCACGCGGCAGCUAACCACCCCGUCUGGAAGCCCGGCCCCCGUGGCCGGCCAAUCACCUGCCGAGCUGCAGACCACGCCCCCCGAGAGCGUCCCGCUGCAAGACAGCUGGGUGCUGGGGAGCAAUGUGCCUCUGGAGACAAGGCAUUUCCUUUUUAAGACAGGUACAGGCACCACCCCCCUCUUCUCCACCGCGACCCCUGGCUACACUAUGGCCACGGGCUCAGUGUACUCUCCACCGACCAGGCCGCUGCCGAGGAAUACCUUGUCCCGCUCCGCCUUCAAGUUCAAGAAAAGCUCAAAGUACUGCUCAUGGAGGUGUACGGCCCUCAGUGCAGUGGGACUGUCUGUACUGCUCUCCGUCCUGCUCUGUUACUGCAUAGCGAUGCACCUGUUGGGUCUCAACUGGCAGCUUCAGGAGAGUGAGGGCUAUGGAGCGUUUGAAAAUGGAGGAGGGGGAAGAGAUACAACCCCUAACACCUUUAUGGUGUCCACAGACAAUGGUAAAAUGUUUCUUCUAGAGAACAGCACCAUCGACAUAGGAGAAGUGGAUGUGGGGAGACGAGCCAUACAGGAUGUCCCACCAGGAGUGUUUUGGAGGUCCCAGCUAUAUAUCGACCAGCCGCAGUUCUUGAAAUUCAACAUCUCCGUCCAGAAAGAGGCCCUUGUUGGGGUGUAUGGACGUAAAGGCCUACCGCCCUCACACACACAGUAUGACUUUGUGGAGCUACUGGAUGGUAGUCGCCUCAUUUCCAAAGACAAACGAGCACUCAGAGACAUGGAUGCAGGGAAUUCACAUCCACAUGGGGAGGAGACUGGAGCCCGACACGCACGCUCUGUGAAUGUGCAUGAAGCUGGAUUCAUCCAGUAUCUGGACACAGGGAUCUGGCAUCUGGCCUUUUACAACGAUGGACGAAAUACAGAACAGGUCUCUUACAAUACCAUCUUCAUAGAGUCAAUUAUGGAGUGUCCUCAGAAUUGCCAUGGAAACGGAGAUUGCCUCUCAGGAAUAUGUCACUGUUUCCCAGGAUUUCUUGGGCCUGACUGCUCUCGAGCGGCCUGUCCGGUGCUGUGCAGCAGUAAUGGCCAGUACUCCCGCGGGCGCUGCCAGUGCUACAGCGGCUGGAAAGGAACGGAGUGUGACGUACCAGCCAACCAGUGCGUUGACAUCCACUGUGGAGGGCACGGCAUCUGCAUCAUCGGUGCCUGCAUCUGCAAUACUGGGUAUAAAGGCGAUAAUUGUGAGGAAGUGGACUGCAUGGACCCCAGCUGUUCAGCCCACGGGGUGUGUAUUCACGGCGAGUGUCACUGUCAGCCGGGCUGGGGCGGAGCCAGCUGUGAGAUCGCCAAGGCCAUGUGUCCCGACCAGUGUUCAGGUCACGGGACCUACAACGCCGAGACCAACACCUGCGCCUGCCACCAGACGUGGACUGGGCCCGACUGCUCUUUAGAGGUGUGUGAAGUGGACUGUGGCGGUAAUGGAGUCUGCUUCGGCGGUGUGUGUCGCUGUGAGGAGGGCUGGACGGGGACUGUGUGUGACCAGAAGGCCUGCCACCCGCUCUGCAGCAAGAACGGAGUGUGUAAGGAGGGGAAGUGUGAGUGUGACCAGGGAUGGACGGGGGAGCACUGCAAUAUCGCUCACAAUCCGGACAUUAGAGUAAAAGGAUAUAAAGAGGGCUGCCCGGGCCUCUGCAACAACAACGGACGCUGCACCCUGGAGGCCAGUGGCUGGCACUGCAUCUGCCAGUCGGGGUGGCGGGGGGCCGGCUGUCACGUAGCCAUGGAAACACUGUGCACGGACGGCAAGGACAAUGAAGGAGACGGCCUGGCUGACUGUAUGGACCCAGACUGCUGUUUGCAGCCCUCCUGUCAGAACCAGUUAUACUGCAGUGGGUCACCUGACCCAGGGGAGGUGCUCGGUCAGUCUCUGUCCUCGAUGGCUCCUCAGCAGGCUGCACGGUCUUUCUACCAGCGCAUUCACUUCCUACUUGGCCCUGAAUCCACUCACGUUGUCACCGGAGACAGUCCGUUCAAUAGAAGCUUGGUGUCGGUGAUUCGAGGUCAGGUGUUGACGGCCGACGGGACGCCUCUGAUUGGAGUCAACGUGACAUUCGUUCACUAUCCCGAACACGGAUUCACUGUAACGCGCAAGGAUGGCAUGUUCGACCUCCUGGCCAAUGGCGGGGCGUCGCUGACACUGAGCUUUGAACGGGCUCCAUUCAUCACCCAGUACAGGACGGUGUGGGUGCCGUGGAACAUCUUCUAUGUGAUGGACACGCUGGUCAUGAAGAAGGAGGAGAACGACAUUCCCAGCUGUGACCUGAGUGGGUUCAUCAGACCCGGCCCCGUCAUUGUUGCUUCGCCUCUGUCCACGUUUUACCGAAGUUCUCACGAGAACGGCCCCAUCAUACCUGAAACACAGGUUUUACAAGAGGAAACCUCCAUACCAGGCAGCGAUCUGAACCUGAUCUACCUGAGCUCCAGAGCAACGGGAUAUAAGCCAGUGCUCAAGGUCGCCAUGACGCAGUCGGCGAUACCCUUCAACCUGAUGAAGGUUCACCUGAUGGUGGCGGUAGUGGGUCGCCUCUUCCAGAAGUGGUUCCCUGCCCAACCAAAUCUGUCGUACACCUUCAUCUGGGACAAGACGGACGCGUACGGCCAGCGCGUCUAUGGGCUGUCUGAGGCGGUCGUGUCAGUGGGGUUUGAAUACGAGUCGUGCCUGGACCUCAUCCUGUGGGAGAAGAGGACGGCCAUUUUACAAGGCUACGAGCUGGACGCUUCCAACAUGGGAGGCUGGACCCUGGACAAGCAUCACAUCCUUGACGUACAAAAUGGUAUAUUGUACAAGGGCAAUGGUGAGAACAUUUUCAUUUCCCAGCAGCCCCCUGUCAUCAGCAGCAUAAUGGGAAAUGGCCGUCGCCGCAGCAUCUCCUGCCCCAGCUGUAAUGGGCAGGCAGAGGGCAACAAGCUGCUUGCACCUCUGGCUCUGGCGUGCGGAGCAGAUGGCAGCAUCUUUGUUGGAGACUUCAACUACAUCAGGAGGAUCUUCCCCUCGGGGAAUGUCACCAGUGUCAUGGAGCUGAGAAAUAAAGAUUUCAGACAUAGCAACAACCCUGCUCACCGGUACUACCUGGCCACCGACCCAGUCACAGGGCAGCUGUAUGCGUCAGACACGAAUUCGCGAAGGAUCUACCGACCCAAGAUGCUCAGCGGCGCCCGGGACCUCAUCAGUAAUGGAGAAGUAGUUGCUGGUACAGGUGAACAGUGUCCUCCGUUUGAUGAUUCACGGUGCGGAGAUGGAAGAAAAGCUACCGAGGCACAGCUACUCGGGCCGAAAGGGAUUGCAGUCGAUAAAAAUGGCUUGAUCUACUUUGUGGAUGGAACGAUGAUCAGGAAAGUGGAUCGUAAUGGAAUUAUCUCCACAGUGCUGGGCAGCAAUGACCUGACCUCUGCACGACCUUUGACCUGCGAUACCAGCAUGCACAUAAGACAGGUUCGUUUGGAAUGGCCCACAGAUCUCGCCAUCAAUCCCAUGGAUAACUCCAUCUAUGUCCUGGACAACAAUGUUGUGCUGCAGAUCACAGAAAAUAGACAGGUUCGUAUCGUGGCAGGCCGGCCCAUGCACUGCCAGGUGCCGGGUAUAGAAUACACUCUGGGGAAGAGAGCUGUCCAGACCAUGCUAGAGGGAGCUACAGCAAUCGCCUUGUCCUACAGCGGCGUCCUCUACAUCGCCGAGACGGACGAGAAGAAAAUUCACCGCAUUCGACAGGUGUCGACUGACGGAGAAAUUACCCAUCUAGCCGGAGCGCUGUCCGACUGUGAUUGCAAGAAUGACGCCAACUGUGACUGCUAUCAAACAGGAGAUGGCUAUGCCAAAGACUCCAGGUUUAACUGUCCUUCCUCCUUGGUGGUGUCUCCAGACGGGACACUGUACGUGGCUGAUCUGGGAAAUAUCCGAAUUCGAGCCAUUCACCGAAACCAACCACCCACCGGCUCUCUGGCUUCAGGUCCCAGCUCCUAUGAAGUGGCCUCUCCAGCCUCUCAGGAGCUCUACGUGUUUGACACAAAUGGGACGCAUCAGUUCACCAUGUCUCUGGUCACUGGAGACUACAAGUACAACUUCAGCUACAGCAAUGAGGAGGAUGUGACAGCAGUGACAGACAGCAGCGGGAACACCCUCCGUAUCCGCAGGGAUACCAAUAGGAUGCCCGUGCGCGUGGUUGCCCCCGACAAUCAGGUUAUCUGGCUCACCAUCGGGACCAACGGCGGUCUGAAGUCUCUCACGGCUCAGGGUCAGGAGCUGGUCUUGUUCAGUUACCAUGGCAGCAGCGGCUUGCUGGCUACCAAGAGCAUCCAGAUCGGCUGGACCACCUUCUACGACUAUGACAGCGAGGGGCGUCUGACCAACGUGACCUUCCCCACUGGCGUGGUGACCAAUCUCCACGGCGACAUGUCGUCGGGGGCUGUUGCUGUGGACAUUGAGACGUCAGGCAGGGAUGAGGACGUUUCUAUAACAACCAACCUGUCAUCAAUCGACUCCUUCUACACUCUAGUGCAGGACCAGCUUCGCAACAGCUACCAGGUGGGCAGUGACCAUUCGCUGAGGGUCAUCUAUGCCAAUGGGAUGGACACACACUACCAGACAGAGCCUCACAUCCUGGCAGGUGCUGCUAACCCGACUGUAGCCCGACGUAACAUGACGCUUCCAGGAGAGAACGGCCAAAACCUGGUGGAGUGGAGGUUCAGGAAGGAACAGACGCGGGGAAAGGUCAUCGUCUUUGGCAGAAAGCUCAGGGUGAAUGGUAGGAACUUGUUGUCUGUCGAUUACGACCGCUCACUGCGAACAGAGAAGAUCUAUGAUGACCACAGGAAGUUCCUGCUGAAGAUCAUCUACGACACCCAAGGCCACCCCACACUGUGGGUCCCCAGCAGCAAGCUCCUGUCCGUCAACUUGACGUACUCCAGUACGGGGCAGGUGACGGGCCUCCAGAGGGGUCCAACCACAGAGCGGUGGGAGUACGACAGUCAGGGAAGAAUCACCUCCCGAGUGUUUGCGGAUGGAAAGACGUGGAGCUACACGUACCUGGACAAGUCCAUGGUCCUGCUGCUGCACAGCCAGCACCAGUACAUCUUUGACUACGACUCCGGAGACCACCUGUCGGCCGUCACCAUGCCCAGCGUGGCCCGGCACACCAUGCAGACCAUCAGGUCCAUCGGAUACUACAGGAACAUCUACAACCCCCCGGAGAGCAACGCCUCCGUCACCGUGGACUACUCUGAGGAUGGACAGCUCCUCAGAGUCGCCCAUCAGGGAACUGGCCGCCAAAUACUGUACAAAUAUCGCAGACAGAACAAGCUCGCAGAGAUCCUCUACGACUCCACGCGGGUCAGUUUCACCUACGACGAGACGGCCGGCGUUCUCAAAACGGUCAACCUGCAGAGCGAGGGCUUCAUCUGCUCCAUCCGGUACCGGCAGAUCGGCCCGCUGGUCGACCGGCAAAUCUUCCGCUUCAGCGAGGACGGGAUGGUGAACGCGCGCUUCGACUACACCUACGACAACAGCUUCAGGGUGACCAGCAUGCAGGCUGUGAUCAACGAGACGCCGCUGCCCAUCGACCUCUACCAGUUCGACGACAUAUCGGGGAAGGUGGAGCAGUUUGGGAAGUUUGGAGUCAUCUAUUACGAUAUCAACCAGAUUAUCUCCACAGCGGUGAUGACCUACACCAAGCACUUUGACCAGCACGGCCGCAUCAAGGAGAUCCAGUACGAGAUCUUCAGGUCCCUGAUGUACUGGAUCACCAUUCAGUAUGACAACAUGGGCCGCGUCACCAGACGCGAGAUCAAGAUCGGGCCGUUCGCCAACACGACCAAAUAUGGCUACGAGUACGACGUGGACGGACAGCUGCAGACCGUGUCCCUCAAUGAGAAGAUGAUGUGGAGGUACAACUAUGAUCUGAACGGGAACCUGCACUUGCUGAACCCGGGGAACAGCGGGCGACUGACCCCCCUGCGCUACGACCUGAGGGACAGGAUCACUCGCCUGGGAGAUGUGCAGUACCGGCUGGACGAAGACGGUUUCCUGAGACAGAGAGGAGCAGAGAUAUUUGAAUACAACUCGAAAGGCCUCCUAGUUCGUGUCUACAGUAAAGCGGCCAGCUGGACCAUCCAGUACCGUUACGACGGUCUGGGUCGGCGCGUGGCGUCUCGGAACAGUCUGGGCCAACACCUGCAGUUUUUCUACGCGGACCUGAACUACCCCACCAGGAUCACCCACGUCUACAACCAUUCCAGCUCCGAGAUCACGUCCUUCUACUACGAUCUGCAGGGCCACGUCUUCGCCAUGGAGAUCAGCAGCGGAGAGGAGUUUUACAUCGCGUGUGACAACACUGGAACGCCACUGGCCGUCUUCAGCAACAACGGACUUUUGCUCAAGCAGGUGCAGUACACAGCAUACGGCGAGGUCUACUUCGAUUCCAACCCGGACUUUGUGCUGGUCAUUGGUUUCCACGGAGGCCUGUACGACACCUUGACACGAUUGCUGCACUUUGGAGACAGAGAUUACGACAUCCCGGCGGGGAGGUGGACAACUCCUGACAUCAGCACAUGGGCGCGCGUCGGUAAAGACCCCCAGCCCUUCAACCUCUACAUGUUCCGAGGCAACAACCCGGUCAGCAAGAUCCACCAGGUCAAAGAGUACAUCACAGAUAUCAACAUCUGGCUGGUCACGUUUGGCUUCCAUCUCCACAACGCAAUCCCCGGAUUCCCCAUCCCAAAGACUGACCUGACGCAGCCGUCGCUGGAGCUGACGAAGAGUCAGCUGUGGGAUGACCUGCCCUCCAUCUCGGGUGUCCAGCAGGAGGUGACUCGUCAGUCCCGGGCCUUCCUGUCCUUCGAGCGCCUGCCCGAGAUCCAGCUGAGCCGGCGUCAUCCAGACCUGAGCAAACCCUGGCUGUGGUUCGCCACCGCCAGGUCUCUGAUCGGCAAGGGGGUGAUGCUCGCGGUGGUCCAAGGCCGCGUGGUGACCAACGCUCUCAACAUCGCUAACGAGGACUGCAUCAAAGUGGCGGCGGUCUUGAACAACGCCUUUUACCUUGAGGACCUCCACUUCACGGUGGAGGGGCGAGACACCCACUUCUUCAUAAAGACCAGCCUGCCCGAGAACGACCUGAGCGCGCUGCGGCUGACCUCCGGCAGGAAGUCGUUGGAGAACGGCGUGAACGUCACAGUGUCCCAGUCCACGACGGUGAUGAAUGGCAGGACGCGGCGCUUCGCCGACGUGGAGCUGCAGUACGGCUCUCUGGCUCUCCACGUGCGCUACGGGACGACGCUGGAUGAGGAGAAAUCGCGGAUCCUGGAGCACGCCCGGCAGAGGGCGCUGUCGAGCGCCUGGGCCCGCGAGCAGCAGCGGGUGCGCGAUGGCGAGGAGGGAUUUCGUCCCUGGACGGAGGGGGAGAAGAGGCAACUGCUGAGCAGCGGGAAGGUUCUGGGCUACGACGGCUACUACGUCUUGUCCAUAGAGCAGUACCCGGAGCUGGCCGACAGUGCCAACAACAUCCAGUUCCUACGCCAGAGCGAGAUAGGCAGGAGGUAACACAGCACCAGCGCGCGUCCGGCCCCAUUCCCCCGCGACUGUCAAAGACUAACAACCGAUCCCGUUUUCACAAAAAGAAAAAAAAAAUGGACGUCAGAGAAUGAAUUGCCUUGAGACCCCAAAACGAGCGUUCCGGCGUUUCGUACUGGGAUUGGUAAAGUAGAUUCAACCAUCACUUCACAAGAUAUUACGAAAACGUUCAGUGGUGAGGGUUUGAAAGAGUCUCCAUGAGCCUGAGGAAGACAGUUCUUCUGACCCGUACCCUUCGCUCCCUUCGCUUCUGUCUUUCCUCCGCUCUGCCUUCAAAUAGCCUACACGCAUGCCCCUCCCCCUCCGUCUUCUAGGCAGGGCCCACCCGGGCGCUGAGCUGUGGAACAGUGGGACGUCCAGUCACAUGUCGACGAGCUCACGAGCAUGUGGACAGUUGUAAACUGUCGGAGCCGUCGCCGUGACAAACAUCUGUGGAUCCGUCGCGGACGCCACAGGUCCAGUACCAUAGUGGUGUGGGUCCAGAUGUGUCGCUGAGCCACGUCUGUGGGAUCUGUCCUUUCCAAUUGCUGCAGCCAUUGAAUGGAACUGUUGGAGAACUGUUGUGGACUUUCUCUGGGAGACAGGCACACAAAAAAAAAGGACUACGAUUUGUAUGAAGGUUAAAAAAAAGAAGAAAAAAAAAGAGACCGAUUUUGUGUUUGAAUUUUUUCUGGGUUUGUUUUUAUAUAUGAACUUGCAUUGGCUUCAGACAAAAAAGUGGAUAUCAAACAAAAUAUCAAAAAAGUGUUUACAUAAUAUUACCUAUACCACUAUUACUGCUAUUACUGCUACUGCACCACCACCAUGGGACGGGACCAUUGUUUUGAAUGAAACAAAAACAGGAACCUUUUGGGCUUUAGUUCAUUUCUUACUGAUAUCUGUACUCCAUUCCGUUUCUGCAGUCACUCCUCCUCACCCCCCCCCCCCCCCCCGUGCUUUUACGAGGUCUACAUGUCACCAUUUCAGAGCACAGCGGCGAGUGAGGAGGGGGGUUCUGAUGGUCCAGGAACACUUCCCCCUGUGACGUGUGACUCGGACUGAUAAUGCGCAGACCACGUGCUUCUUCGGUCAAAGGUAGUAGUGUUGCUUGCAAUAGAAACAUGUUGUCAUGGCUUUGCGGGGGGCGGGGUUACUGUGAGCAGUGGCCAAUCGUUGCUUCUCUCCUUGUUUUUGCUUGUUUCCCGUCAAGGGACAGCGCAUCACCAUCAGUGACAUUUAUGAGAUACAGUAAUAGAUCAAAAAUCAAAGUGGAUGUUUUUCUCAUUGACUGUGGGUCUGUUUUCUCUUCUAGAAGUGUUUUAUUUGUAUCUGUGUGUUUACAAAAGGAGGGGAAGGAAAAUGACACCAUUUUCAAAACGAAAGAACGGGAAUUUCACAGAGUUAACAUCUUCUACCGGUCUUUUUUUCUCUGAAAGAACGGAGCGAGUUGACAAGCGUAUUAUGGGUUUUAUCUCUUUUUUUUAUUCUGAAGGUUGAGAAAUUCCACUUAUCUGUACAUCAAUAUUAGUCUCAGAGAAAGUAAUUUCUGUACAGUGUUUCUACGGUAAAUAAUAAAAUCUUUGAAAGUA